AUGGCUGAGUACAGAGAGGGUGCUGGGCGGGUCAAGAAAGAAUGCCAGGAACCUGAGAAUGGAAGCCAAGAGCUCCUUGUGGUCUUAACUUCCAUUAACCUGAAACUAUGGCUUCCUUUUAUCAUCUUUGCCUUUCAAGUGCUUAUUGCAAAAUACCCAAGAUAUUCAUCUGUCCUCAGAAAAUCCAUUCCUUGCUGCCGAAGAAUUAACAGGAUGCUCUCCAACGAAUCCUUACGUCCUCCGGCAUUUAACCGCUCCAACUCACAAGCCUCCGUAGACAGCGCUUCCAUGGAGGAUUUCUGGCGUGAAAUAGAAAGUAUUAAAGAGAGCUGCGUGGGAGGGCAAGCGGAGCCAGCACCAAUGGACGUCAAACCUGUGGAUGAAGGAGAACUUGAAGCAGAAUGGUUGCAAGAUGUGGGUUUAUCAACUCUGAUCUCAGGUGAUGAAGAGGAGGAUGGGAAGGCCUUGCUUUCUACACUGACUCGUACCCAGGCAGCUGCAGUCAAAAAGAGAUAUAACACCUACACUCAGACCUUGAGAAAAAAGAAUAAACAGUCUGUCCGAGAUGUCAGGGACGUCUUUGGAGUCAGUGAAUCUCCUGUAAGAAAAGUAGAAUGGACCGAAGAGAGCAGUGUUUGUAAUGGAAGAAGGGAAUGGUUGGUGGGCUUUUCCUUUUCUCUACCUAGUGUGGCGCUCUACCUGGCUUGUCGCCAUAGGAUAAUGCGCUGGUUUGCAAGCUCUGGUAGCGUACCAGAUGACUCAUCACUCAACAGUAUUACUCUGUCGGAUGGAUCUCAGGAUGAAGAGGGAAGCUUGGCUGAUCCCCGGGAUGGCUCCAUGUCUAUAUUUGAGACAAUUCCAGAUAUACCAGUUCAUGCCAAUGGAUCAUCAGACCCUGGAGAGAAGUCAGUUCAAAAUGCAGUGAGUGUUGAUCAUUAUCUGGAAAAGGAUAUUCCACCAGAGGGUGAAGAGCUGUCAUUUGAAAUAUCUUACUCGGAAAUGAUUACAGAGGCUCCAAAAAGAAAUAAAUUAAAGAAGUCAGUGAUGAAGAAAGAAGACUUUGCUUUAACUAAAUUGAUUGUUAAGAAAACCAGAUUUGGCUUAACGGAAGCGGGAGAUCUGUCUGUUGAAGACAUGAAGAAAAUCCGCCAUCUCUCUUUGAUCGAAUUGACUGCCUUUUUUGAUGCCUUUGGAAUUCCACUGAAAAGAAAUAAAACAGAAAAAGUAAAAGGUCGAGACAGUGGCAUUUUUGGAGUUCCACUCACAGUCCUUUUGGACAAUGAUCGAAAAAAAGACUCUGGAGUGAAAGUCCCCCUUGUGUUACAAAAAUUUUUUGAGAGAGUUGAGGAAUCGGGACUGGAAUCUGAAGGAAUUUUUCGACUUUCAGGAUGUACUGCCAAAGUCAAGCAAUACCGUGAAGAGCUGGAUGCCAAGUUUAAUGCUGAUAAAUUUAAAUGGGACAAAAUGUGCCAUAGAGAAGCUGCAGUUAUGUUGAAAGCAUUUUUCAGAGAACUACCCACCUCUCUCUUCCCUGUGGAGUAUAUACCCGCCUUCAUCACCCUGAUGGAAAGAGGGCCUCACAUCAAAGUACAGUUUCAAGCAUUACACCUCAUGAUCAUGGCGCUGCCCGAUGCCAACAGAGACACAGCACAGGCCCUCUUGACAUUCUUCAAUAAAGUGAUUGCCAACGAAUCAAAAAACAGAAUGAGUCUGUGGAACAUUUCUACUGUUAUGGCACCAAACCUCUUCUUUAGUAGAAGCAAACAUUCUGACUAUGAAGAAUUACUGCUAGCAAACACUGCAGCCCAUAUAAUUCGCCUAAUGCUUAAGUACCAGAAAAUUUUGUGGAAGGUUCCAUCUUUCCUAAUAACUCAAGUAAGAAGAAUGAACGAAGCCACAAUGUUGUUAAAGAAACAGCUGCCAAGUGUUAAAAAGCUGCUAAGGAGAAAGACCAUAGAACGAGAGGUCACAAGCCCUAAGAUUUCAAAAAUGCUACAAAAAUCACCCUCUACAAGAAGAGUGUCUGACGUACCUGAAGGAGUCAUAAGGGUUCACGCGCCACUUCUCUCCAAGGUAUCCAUGGCCAUUCAGCUUAACAGUCAAACCAAAGCCAGAGACAUAUUGGCCAAAUUUCAAUAUGAGAGCAGACAUGGUUCAUCAGAAUGCAUUAAGAUCCAGAACCAAAGAUUAUAUGAGAUUGGAGGAAAUAUUGGACAGCAUUGCUUGGAUCCAGAUGCUUAUAUAUUGGAUAUAUACCAUGUAAAUCCUCAAGCUGAAUGGGUGAUUAAACCUCAGUCAAGUUUUUGA